AUGCCGCAAGAGUAUACCCACCUCGUCCCACCAGACUAUGAGGCGGAGUUCAAGACACACACGGACGCGUUGGCAGACUACCGCGCGGCCCAGUUCCCAAACGUGGAGUGGGAAGCGUCCGCCAUGUCCCCGUACGCGCUGUACGUGCCGCCCACGCGCAUAGCCGAGCUGUUCGACCUCUUCGCGGCGCUGCACCCGGUGCUCGUGUCCAUCGUGUCGCAGUGGUUUCAGCACCCAGAAUGGAUGGCGACCAUCCCUGCCCCAGAGAAGAUUGAACGCGUCCUCCGCGCCAUUGACGCCCAGCGGCCGUACACCGACGUCGGGUCCAUCCGGCCCGACUAUAUCGUGCCGCCUGACGGCGCGCCGUUGCGUGUAUGUGAGAUCAACGCCCGCUUCCCGUUCAACGGGUUCAUGCAUGCGCUGAUGCACGACGACGCGGUGGCGGCGGCUGGGCUCAUCGCGGAAGGCUACCGCAGCACCAUAGCGCCGGGGCGCGACGUGCUCGCCGCGUUCGAUACGCUCGCGGACCCGACCCGCCCGAUCGCGAUCAUCGCCGACGCAGAGUGCGGGCCGAACAGGGUGUACGGGCUGGCGAUGUACCUCGCGACGCAUCCCACCUCGCGCGUGGUGCGGCCUGCCGACCUGCGGGUCAACGACGGCGGCGCGCUCACUGACGCCGAUGGCGUCGUGCUGGACCAGGUCUGGCUGCAGCUCCACCAGCGCGAGAUCGAGGCGCUGGACGAGGACGUGUUGAUUGCGCUCGGGAAAGUGUGCUACAAUGACCUGAGGACCAUCUACAUCGUGCACGACAAGCGCCUGCUCGGGCUGAUCCGGCGAGAGCUCCCGCGUCUCGUCGGCGAGGGCGUCAUCUCCCCUUCGCAGGCCGACGCGCUGCGCGGCGGGCUCGCAGAGACGUACUUGCCUGGCGAUGAGGUUUACGUGCGCCACGAUAACAGGGCAGGCUGGACGCUCAAGCUAUACCAGAGCGGCAAAGGCGCCGGCAUGGUCUUCGGCAAGGACGCCAGCGCGGGCGAGUGGGCGGCACUGCUCGCCGCUGAAAGGCACAUCCUGCAACGAUACUACCCCUCGCGGCGGGUGACGCUCGUCGUCCACGACCGCGGCGGCAAUACAACAGCGACCCCGCGCCAAGUCACCUGGCCUGUCGUCGGCACGUUCAUGGUGCUAAACCGCACGCUGCUCGGCUCGUCCCUCUUCCGCACCAACGACUCGGACGUGAUCGCCAUCAGCACGAACGGGACCGCCGUGGUGGGGGUGACGGACGCCGGCGUGCCCUGCAGUCUGGUGCUUCCGGCGAAGCCACUACGCAGGCUAGCUACACCGGACUCGGCGCACAUGGACCUCAAGGCUACGACUGCCGCGACUGAGCUGAACACGAUCCGCACCGCGCUCAAGGCCCACGGCCUCGCAGUCCUCCACCUCCCAACGGCGGACGCCACAUCCUCCCGCCUCCUAUCCCUCGCCCACGCGCUCGGCAGCCCGCUCUCCCACUCGUCAUCGCACGGCGCGCUGUGGGACGUGACGCCUAGCGCAGCGAGCAGCGCGCGCUCGCACGGCGUGGACGUGUUUCCAUGGCACACGGACUGUUCCUUCGAGGCGGCUCCGCCGCGGUAUUUCGGACUACACGUCGUCCGUCCCGACCGGUUCCACGGCGGCGAGCUGCGCCUGCUCCGAGUCGACGACCUCGUGGCGCGCCUCGAGCCGCGCACCGUCUCCGCCCUGAUGCAGCCGUCGUUCGAGUUCGUCGUGCCCUCCGAGUUUGACAAGGGCUCCCCCGCGACACUCGGCCCCGUCCUCACGCCGUCAGGCAAGUUCCGCUGGCGGCGCGACAUUAUGCGCGGCACGACGGCAGAAGCGGACGCGGCGCUGGCUCAAGUCGACGCCGUGCUGGCCACGCUGGACGGGCAAGCGUUCGGCGAUAUGCGCGCCGGCAUGAUCCUGCUCAUUGAUAACGCGCGUUGGCUACAUGCGCGCAGCACAGUGCGGGAUAUGAGCAGGCUGCUGCGCCGUGUCAGGUGGGAGCCUGAGGUGUUUUUGGAGUAGGAGGGACUCGGGGCGUUGUCGGACCUCGGGCCGGGCAGUAGGUAGCUCCUCCCCAGCUCAGACAGAAGGUAGCAGCACUGCCGGGCAGCAUGCCAAGCUCGAGCGAGUCACUACCACGGUGGGCAGAGGCCGGCCACCCACCCCGGCGCGGGGCGUUGUCGGGGAGUUGGCGCCCCAUCCCUUCGCUUUGUACACCGCGCACUUGAACUCCUAUGCACUCACUGGUGGU